AGUCGCAGCGAAGUAUCUCACAUACAUUUAUAUGGACACUCUCACAUUACGAUACUGGUAUUCUACGCGUUCGCGACUAGUCUCGCGAUACCCGCCGUGUUGGUCGCUUGUGCGUCGCGUCUCGCGCGUUUCGACAAGAUGGCGGCGGAGCAAGAAACAAAUAUUAAGUUUGUACAAGAAAUUGAAAAACAUGCUUGUUUAUAUAACUACAAACUACCUGAAUACAUGCGAAAAAAUAUAAUAGACAAGACUUGGGCAGAAAUUGGGAACAAAUUUCAAAUAACAGGAUCAGAAGCUAAAGAAAAGUGGAAAAAUCUACGUAGUGUUUUUGUUCGCCACUUGAAACCGGCCAAAAGUGGAGCAGGUACUGCACAAAAAAAACCAUACUACUUAGCAGACUAUAUGCAAUUUACUGUACCCUUCAUAAAAACAGCAGGAAAACCAUCAGGAAAUUUGAAAGAGACGAUAGAACCACAGACACCUGAUCUUGAACUAUGUGAACAAACACAGUUCACAGAAAAUGUACCUACAAGCACUCAACCAAUCUCGCAACAGCAAUCAUCUCUUCCUUCUACUAGUACAAACACUCAACCAAUCUCGCAACAGCAAUCAUCUCUUCCUUCUACUAGUACAAGCACUCAACCAAUCUCGCAACAGCAAUUACCACCACCACCACCAUCAACAAAUAAUAAAAAAAAACGGAAGAAGCUGGAAGAAACUCAAGCCGAGCAAGACAUUUCAGCUUAUUUUAAAUUUAAACAAUCUAAAAUUCUAGAAAACUGUGACAGUACUGAAAAUUCAAACAAAAUGUUCUUACUGAGUUUACUAUCGGACGUGAACAAAAUGACUGAUAGUCAAAGAAGACUGUUUAAGAGAAGAGUGCUUGCAUUGAUAGACGAUAUAAUGGACCAAAGUAGUGAAAAUAUGAAUAGUCCCAUCACACUUUAUUCUACUCCUUCACCGAUGAGUGCUGCCGAGGUAAUAAGUACGCCAAUUACCAUAAACGAAAGUCUGAAUGUAGUACAAUCAAAUACUGCCAAUCUUUAUUAUGAAUCAAUACCUAUGUUAUUAUCACAGGAAGAUGAAGAAUAAGUAAUAAUUAUAAAGUACUUACAUAUUAAAAUUUAAUAAACAUUUAAUUACCUACAUA